GGCAUGUAUGUAUAUAUUAGUUUCUGUAACUGGACUCACCGCAAUCUAUCAAACCGAGGGGUGCGCGCGGCUGCUGCAAGAAGAACGUGAUCUGGAUUGGCCGCCGAUGUUUAAUUUCCUCCGAUAUGUGGGGGCAAAUCUUGACAAAAUCUGCCUUUUCCUUGAAGCCUAUACGGCAUGGAUUGACAGAUAACGGUUCUUGCUAGCCCGCGCUGCCCAUCACCGUCGUGCUCACGUCACAUUGUUUGAUGCGCUAAGAUCACCUAAUUAUCAGAGAUAGGCGUACACAAGUGUUGAGCAAACUUCAUUGAUAUGCAAAUGAACCGACGUCCAGCCGACAAAUGACAACAUUGGGAGGUCACGUGGUGAGAAACUGUACAAGUGGCUGUGCUACUAUAGAUAAAGAAGACAACGGAGUUGUGAGCGGCGAUUGUCAGUCCAACUGCCUAUCAAGGUAGCACAGGAAAACUUGGAGCAAAAAAGGUUCACCUUUUCUUCUCUGAAUGGACUCAGAAAAAUCCCGUGUUUCUUGAGCCGACGUUAGUUUACGGUCACCCAGGCGAUUUAUCAGUGAGCAUAGCCGGUCCAGCUUGCUGGUACCUCGGCCUCAGCAUUCUAUAUACGUGUGUUUGCAUUGAAGCGCACACGAGUUUAUAGUCAAGGGGGCCGCAUUAACAACAUCACAGCGACCUCAACUGUGAAAGGCCGGCGUGUGUGGGGAUAACCUAAUUCUUGAGCGGUUUUUCUUGUGACUUGUCAGUGCGAGAGGCAGUUGAGUGUGACCACGCGCUGACUGUGUAUAGCUGGCUGGGGCAACUCGACUGUCAAACGACGGACGGGGUAGACAUCAGGUGGCUGCCGCGGAGCCAUUACGUACCGGCGGCGUCCGUGUCACAACAGCUGAAUACGACGGGGUUAUCGUCGGAUCAGACCGGCGUAGACAUGACCGUAAGCUCCGCUAAUGCCAUGGAGGAGUCAAAGGUGAGCGCUCCGACGCAACAGCAGCAGCAGCAACAUCAGCAGCAGCAGCACCAGCAGCAACCGCAGCAGCAGCAGCAACAACACGAGACGGGGAUAGUCGUCGGUGGACCGGGAGUCGGUGGGUUCUACUGCCGUAAAGAUCCACCACCGCCCCCGCCGCGUCAUGCCAAAGACACGGUGCAAAUGGAGCAGUUCUCGGACAGUGAGAUGGUGGACUCGGUGGACAAGGAGGAGCCAGAACUGCACGGUAAGGACUCCGAAGACAUCGAGCUUGUGUCCGAGAAACAGACCGAAGCAGACGCGUCCAGCGACGGUAAAAAGGCCAAAUCUAGCACCGUCAAACCACCUUACUCGUACAUUGCUCUCAUAACUAUGGCCAUCCUACAGUCGCCUCAGAAGAGACUAACACUCAGCGGUAUUUGUGAGUUUAUCAUGAACAGGUUUCCGUACUACCGCGAAAAAUUCCCAAUUUGGCAGAACAGCAUACGGCAUAACUUGUCCCUAAAUGACUGUUUCAUCAAAAUUCCACGAGAGCCGGGUAACCCAGGCAAGGGCAACUACUGGACGCUGGAUCCAGCCAGCGAGGACAUGUUCGACAACGGGUCAUUUCUGCGGAGGCGGAAACGCUACAAGCGCCACCAGCCAGAUCUGGGGCUAAGUCUACGGGAACAUUCGGCAUUCUUAGCAGGCAGCCCGUACGGACAUCACAUAAGUUACGGUCACCCCCACGCUAUGUUGCCGUAUCAUUAUGUAUCACCGCUCCCUCCCCCCGUGCCUCUGUCUCUGACCACCUCGGCAGCUCACAGCCUUCACAGCCAGGCGUUGAGUAGCCUCAUGUCUGCCGGUACCACAGCCGCACCGGUCCGCUCAGGCUUCAGCAUCGAGAGUCUAAUCGGUAACGGUGGCAGCACGAACACGUCCAGUGUAAGUAGCACCAGCAUCAGUAGCAGCAGUAGCCUAAACUCCCCCGUCAAUAGCUUGCUGGCUUUCCGCCCUCCGACCAGCCUGCACUCCGCACUCUCUCCCUUCAUUACAGCUGGGGCAGCUAGUGCAUUUACUGCCCCUGUGCCUUCCUCCUUUGACUUAGAAAAGUACAGACAAUGCUUGCAGUGCAAUGGCUUAGCGGGAACAACAUGCACCUGGCGCUGAUCAAUGAACUCAAACUAUACAUAAAUAUAUAUAAAGUAUAUCUAUAUAUAUUGAAACUAUAUUCAAACUCCGGGACAGAAUCUGCCAGGUAAGCUACAAAAAAAAGACAAACAAUUCUGAUGUAUUCCUGCCUGCACUCCCUAAAAACGGACUGAACGGGGGGAAAUGUGCUCUACUGUCUGUCAUUCUAAGCUUGAGCUCUCGAGGGUCCAUUCCCGUGGACAAGCCGCGUGCCGCGAUAACGCCUCGACCGAGAAAUGGAGCAGAUCGUGGCGGGUGUUUGGACGCGUGGAGACCGCAGGGCGAUAGCGGGAGACACGGUAGAUUCAUCCGUGAAAUCUCAUCAUUAGCCGGCGUGUGCGGGCUUCUAAACUUGACGGGUGUACCAGCCAGUGCGGCUCAUCUAAUGUCGAAGAAUAAUAACUGGACAAAAAAAGCUCCCUGCUUGUGGAACGAUCUCGCUAUUCUUGGACAAAAAAAUAACUUGUAGGGUUUUGUGGGUUUUUGGUUGAUUGUUGGCUGAAUGUGAACCACGUUUGCAAGGGACGGUGCUAGCUGCAGACUGCAUGGUACGAUGACUGAGGGUAGCUGGUAAAACCGUGUAAGUCAAAAAGCUGCAUUCUGCCUUUUAACAAACAUAACAAUACAGACACAGAAGACUAGAUUUAAAUAGCUUUGGUGUGAACGUAUCUUUAUAAUCAGUAGUUGAAAAAAUAAUAACGUAGAGUUGUUUUGUCCAGAGAAUGCACACACAAUCAUGCAAAGAUUUCAUUGACCUGUAGUAGUAUUAUGUAAUGCAAUGUCCAAUUGCUAGUCACAACUGUCAUGUAUACUGUUGCCGCGGCUGUGAUGUUCAUUUCAGACGACACUGGCCCAUUGUGUGUAUAUUUUGUGUACCUAUUUUUCCGUUUUUCUUAUUUCCAAAAAAAAAGAGAGAUUCACUGAGAUUUGCAUUCCUAGUCAGUCUGAGAACGUGCAAGAAAUGACUUUAUUUGUUAAAAAAAAUUACUAGUAUUGGAGCGCCAUUGACAAAAGCACGUCUGAAUUCACAAUUACUGGCCCUUUGGAAGUGCUCGUGUGGGCAGCAAAAUUGCCUGACGAAUGGAAUUUAAUUGUGAUAACGCGCCAAAAAAAAAUGCUUAUCGUAUUACUCGAACAAAUUGUCCAUUUAUUUUUGUGUUUUAUAGAAAGAAACUAUUUAUUUACUAAGUGUUGUCAUGUGCGUUAUUGUUAUCGAUACAGAACAAAACGGAGCCAGAAAUUCAACACAAUUUCCCUAACUGCUUUGGUUUUUGGGUUUUUUUUUUCAAGUUCAUCUGAUUGCUCGAUUUGCAGUUGAUGAAAGUAUUUUCAGAGUAAUCUUCUUUUUUGGUUCAUCUUAAAA